AUGAAUGACACCCCCGCUGCAAGAGUGGGGGCGACAUUCAUCCUCCUCGUCUCUCGCGUGUCUGGCACCCUCGACCAUGCAACGAGCACCGUGCCCCGCAAGAGGGACGACAAUGACAAUGCCCUCGCUUCAAGAGCGGGGGCAUUUGUCCUCGUCCUUGUCAUCUGA